AUAAUCCACUGGACACGCCCAUUUGACAAUUUCUCUGUGCUGACCCGACGAAGCGCUGCUUCGAACAUUGGUCCUGACUUCUCCGCAGCACGGCCACGGCCAGUCUUGCUACCCCGCCAAACCUCCUGAAGGCGCCCGCGAACUUAUUUUCCACCGACUGCGGUUCAAAUACAUCGACGCGUUCCCUUUCGCACUGAUUGCAUAUCAUCUGCAUCCAUCUUCACCCCCAGUUCCUGUCGAUACGCGAUUGACCGACCGCAAGCAUGAAUACCGAUCCCCUCACAGGCGAGCCCUUGCCCCCAACCGCCAUCCAGCGCAUCCUGUACCUUGCGCCAAAAGUCCAUGUCUACCAGAUCCCACCCCUCACCUCCACAAAAGGCUACCAAGCAUCAUCCUGGACAGCCGACCCCAAGCGCCAGAUCUUCACCGCGCGUCUCCGCAUCCUCGAAACCUCCAUCCCCUCACCCACCGCGACCGAUGACACCGCCGAGAAGGUCUCCACAACGCUGCUGCUCGAGGACCCUUCCUCGGGCCAGCUCUUCGCAGCCGCGCCUUACACAGCACCAAACGUAGUCGAGCAAGCUCUAGACAGCAGCCGCUUCUUCGCGAUAACAGUAGUAGGCGAGGGACGAAAGGCGGUACUGGGCAUGGGCUUCGAAGAGCGCACCGAGGCCUUCGACUUCAACAUCGCACUGCAGGACGCGCGGCGCGCGCUUGGGUUCGAAGCGAAUCCCAACGCUGCGGCGCCGGGGAGGAAAGCAGCCUCCAAGGCAGCGGAGGAACCGAAGCGCGACUUCAGCCUCAAAGAAGGGCAAACGAUUAGCAUAAAUUUGGGUGGGCUCAAGGGCAGACGGGAACGACGGGAAGGCGAUAGCAAGAGCCCCGAGCAGCCGAAGAGCGAGCAAGACGCCUUAUUCAGCAUCAAGCCACCUCCUGGGAGCGGAGGCGGCUUCCUGCCUCCGCCGCCAAGCGCAAAGAGCGUGAAGGAGGAGCGGAGAAGGAGUAGACAAAGCUUCGAGCCAAAGCCGGAAGAUCUAGGAUUCGAUGAUGGGGAGUUUGGCGAGUUCCAGUGAGGCCGCUGGACUUGUAGAUGCCGGUUCCUACAUGCUGCAUGGAGCAUAGGCUUGCAUUAUUGGCGUUAUGGAGGUCAUCUAUGGGCUGGAACUGUAUUUGACUUGGAGGUGU